UUAAAAGUUGGAGACUUUUGCAAACAGGAGAAGGCGGCGAAUAUGUCCGGCGAAGAGAUAGAUGAUGAAGAAGAAGAAGAGGUGAUGGGGGGAAUAGGAAGUUACAAAGGGAAAGUAAGAAUGGUGAAAGGAGAUGCAUCAGACGAGAUGAUGCUUCUUUGGGGACUCCAACAGCCCACUUUCUCCAAACCAAAUGCUUUUGUUUCACAAUCUUCACUCAUCCUUAAGCUUGAUGCUUGUGGCCGUUCUCUCUCCAUUUCCCAGUCCCCUUCUUCCUUGGGCGUUCCUGGAGUAACAGGAUCCGUCAUGUGGGACAGCGGAAUUGUAUUGGGGAAGUUUUUGGAGAAUGCUGUGGAAACAGGACUACUUGUUCUUCAAGGCAAGAAGGUUGUUGAAUUAGGUGCAGGCUGUGGUUUGGUCGGUUGUAUUGCAGCUCUUUUAGGUUCUCAAGUUAUUAUUACAGAUAUGCCAGAUAGAUUGAGGCUUCUAAGAAAGAACGUGGAAGAUAAUUUGUAUGGUGGCAUACGGGGUAGUGCAACGGUUAAUGAGCUCACUUGGGGAGAUCGUCCUGACCCAGAAUUGGUCCAACCUUUACCUGAUCUUGUGAUUGGAUCAGAUGUAAUCUAUAGCGAAGAAGCAGUGACAGAUUUGCUAGACACUCUAGUAGAACUCAGUGGGCCCAAAACAACCAUUAUUCUAGCUGGAGAACUUCGAAACGAUGCCAUUCUUGAAUACUUCCUGGAAACAGCAAUGGAGGGAUUCAUCAUUGGUCGAAUCAACCAAACAGGCUGGCAUCCAGAAUAUCGUAGUCCACGUGUUGCUAUGUAUGUGCUGGUUAAAAAGUCAAUACCACAGUGAUUUGGAUGCUGGAUUUAUUAUUUGUAGCCUUUUCCCCUGUUUCGGUGCAUAAAUAAGCUUCAGAACCCCUUAUUUGGUAAA